CAAUAACUUGAAAUAAACGAAUUACUGAAUUGGAACGGAAAUUUGUCACGAUAUCCAGAACUUUCUCUCGUAUUUCCACUGGAAAGAAUAUGUUUAUGUUAUGGAGGUUAUAUUUACGUUUUAUAUAAAUUUGAUUCAAAGAAUAAGCUAAAACUUCCUUUGAAACUGCUUUAACGAAUACUUAUAGAAAAUGGAACAGGAUUUAAAGACGAAAAUCGAUCAAGCUUGUCGAACAGCUGAGGAAUUUACGAAGCUUUAUUACGAAAGUUUAGAUAAACGCAGAUAUCUCAUAUCCAGAUUAUACUUGGAUACUGCAACAUUAAUAUGGAAUGGAAAUGGUAUAGAAGGCAAAGAUAACAUACAGAAGUUUUGGACAGAUUUGCCACCUUCAAAUCAUUCUGUUUUUACUUUAGAUGCUCAGCCUAUAACAGGUCCUGAGGUGGCAGAUCAACUCACAUUCCUUGUAAAAGUUGGAGGACAAGUAAAAUAUGAUGAUAAAGCAUUAAAACCAUUUAACCAAAGCUUUCUAAUUGCAGCACUGGGGGAUAAAUGGAAAAUUGUAAGCGAUUGUUUUAGAGUACAAGACGUGUUAGAAAAUGUAAAUUAA